AUGGACCUGCGAGCAGAGCUGCUCAAGUCCAUCUGGUACGCCUUCACCGCCCUGGACGUGGAGAAGAGCGGCAAGGUCUCCAAAUCCCAGCUCAAAGUGCUGUCUCACAACCUGUACACAGUGCUGUGCAUCCCCCACGAUCCCGUGGCGCUGGAAGAGCAUUUCCGCGAUGACGAUGAUGGGCCAGUGUCCAGCCAGGGCUACAUGCCAUACCUGAACAAGUACAUCCUGGAUAAGGUGGAGGAAGGUGCUUUUGUCAAAGAAAACUUUGACGAGCUCUGCUGGACCCUCACAGCGAAGAAGAACUACAAACCUGACCGGAAUGGGAAUAGCGUUGUAUCCCACCAAGAUGCUUUCAAGCUCUGGUGUCUCUUCAACUUUCUGUCUGAAGAUAAAUACCCUCUUGUCAUGGUGCCAGAUGAGGUGGAGUACCUGCUUAAGAAGAUCUGUACGGCCAUGAACAUGGAGCUGAACUCCUGUGAGCUGGAUGACUACCUGUCCCAGGAGCCGCAGGGGCAAGAGGGGCUGACGGUCUGGCAGUUCCUAGACAUGGUGAACUCAGGGCGGUUCCUGCGAGGCAUCGAGCAGGAGGCCAUCAGCAUGGCCGUGGAGGAGGUGUACCAGGAGGUCAUUGAGGAUGUGCUCAAGCAGGGAUACCUCUGGAAGAGGGGCCAGCUGAGGAGGAACUGGUCAGAGCGGUGGUUCAUGCUGAAGCCCAGUGUCCUUUCAUACUACAUGAGCGAGGAACGGAAGGAGAAAAAGGGGAGCAUUGCAUUGGACAAGCACUGCUGCGUGGAGGUGCUGCCUGACCGGGAUGGGAAGAGGUGCAUGUUCUGUGUGAAGACCUCCUCCCGCACCUAUGAGAUGAGCGCCUCUGACACCCGGCAGCGCCAGGAGUGGACACUCGCCAUCCAGACGGCUAUCCGGCUGCAGGCUGAGGGAAAGAAAUCCCUACACAAGGACCUGAAGCAGAAGCGACGGGAGCAGCGGGAGCAGCGGGACCAGCGUAAGGCAGCCAAGGAGGAGGAGACGCAGCGGCUCAAGCAGCUGCAGGAGGAGAAGGAGAGGAAGCUGCAGGAGCUGGAACUGCUCAAGGAGGCCCAGCGGCAGGCAGAGAUCCUGCUGCAGGAGGAGGAGCAGCGGCGGAGGCAGCAGCACGAGGAGAUGCAGAGGACCCUGGAGAUCCAGCUGCGGGAAGCUGAGCAGGCUCGUGCCUCCAUGCAGGCAGAGAUGGUCCUGAAGGAGGCAGAGGCAGAGCGUCAGCGCAAGCGCAUCCUGGAGCUGGAGGCCAUGCAGGAGCGGCUCCAGGAGGCCCUGCAGCAGGAGGUGAAAGCACGGCAGGACGAGGAAGCCGUGAGAUACGCGCAGGCCAGGCUACUGGCUGAGGAAGAGGAGAAACUGAAGCAGCUGAUGAAGCUGAAGGAGGAGCAAGAGGAAUAUAUCAUCAAAACUCAGCGGGAGAAGCAAGUCCUCAAGCAGGAGAUGGAGAACAAGAACAAAUGUCUGGAAGAGGCACAGAAGCAGCUGGAAGAAGUGAGAGUGAACAGGCAGCGGGUGGACCAAGACGUCAUGGCAGCCCAGCGGAAGUUGCGGCAGGCCAGCACCAACGUCAAGCACUGGAAUGUCCAGAUGAACCGACUGAUGCACCCCAUUGGGCCAGGAGACAAGCGUUCAAACGUGAGUGGAGGAGUCUUCACUGGCUACCAGCCCCUCCUGUCCCAGAGAGAUUCUUCCCUCAAACUCAAGCAAAAAGUGGAGGAUAAAAGCAGCGGCCUCAUGAUGGACAACAGCGAGGGAAAUGUGAGCAAUGGUGGAAACAGCGGUGUUCUGCCAUCUCCAGAUGCGGACACCAUGGCCACAGAGCCCACCAAGUAGCCCAGCAGGAUGGCAGAGUCCAGCUGGGAAUGGUAGGGCCCAGCUUGUCCCUCUGAGCAGACCUUUGGUGCAGCUGUCUCUGGGUGAAGCCAAGUGCAGACCAGCGCAGAGCCUACAGGGGACUGCAUGAGGCAGCAAUGCUCCCACUUCCAUUAGUAAAGGGCUGCAGCCGCCAUGUGCCAGGAGGCUCAGGCAGCCCAACUGUGGGGAGGACCAUCUCCUCUGGGCUGCUGGACUCAACUCCCUGCACUCUGGUUUCCACGCUACCCUAAAAAAGAGCCACUGAUGGCUCAGGACUGCAUGGCUCAGGGCUGCAGUUUCUCCUUGGUUUCUACCACAACCUUUCUGCAUCACCCACUGAACCCCGGGCUGUGGGGCCCUGCCACAGUUGCUGCCAGGGAUGCCUGGGCCAACGGAGCGUGACCUUCUCAUCGCGCCCCCGGCACAGCCAGGGUGUCCUUAACUACAGCUAUGUUCGCUGAUAGUGGUUGUUAGUCCUAGAGUCCUUAGAAUUAUCAGAAACCAAGAAGCAAUAAAGCUUUUGGAGCCGGUGGCCCCUAACCUCCUGCCCUGCACACUGGAGGCCCUGCAGGCACCAGCUCUUUCUCCUUGGCGUUGUGGGGUUUGGAUUCCCCCUGUAGAAAAGAUCCCUU